AUGGACCAGCUUCCCAAGCGCCCGGCCAACUACGUGCCGCUGAGCCCCGUGGGGUUCCUGCCGCGCGCCAAUGCCGUCUACGGUGACCGCGCGUCCGUCAUCUACGGACGCGUCCGCUUCACCUGGCACCAGACGUACCAGCGCUGCCGCCGCCUCUCGUCCGCGCUGCUGUCCCUCGGCGUCCGCAGGGGCGACGUCGUCUCCGUGCUCCCACCCAACGUGCCGGCCAUGUACGAGAUGCACUUCGCCGUUCCCAUGGCCGGUGCCGUGCUCAACACCAUCAACACGCGCCUCGACGCCGGCGCCGUCGCCACCAUCCUGCACCACUCGAAGGCCAAGCUCUUCUUCGUCGACUACGACUACGUGCGCCUCGCCAGCGACGCGCUCCGCCUCCUCGCUGCCGACGCCACGCACGUCGUCCCGCUCGUCGCCGUCAUCGACGACAUUGACUCGCCCAUGGGGGCCCGCCUCGGCGAGCUCGAGUACGAGGCCCUCGUCGCGCACGGCGACCCCGACGCGGAGCUCCCGCCGCUCGAAGACGAGUGGGACGCCGUCACGCUCAACUACACGUCUGGCACCACGUCCGCGCCCAAGGGCGUCGUCUACAGCCACCGCGGGGCGUACCUGAGCACCACCAGCCUGCUGCUGCAGUGGGGGGUGACCACCGAGCCCGUCUACCUCUGGACUCUCCCCAUGUUCCACUGCAACGGUUGGACCUUCACCUGGGGCAUGGCGGCGCGCGGAGGCGUCAACGUCUGCAUCCGCGACGCGCGCCCCGCCGACAUCUACCGCGCCAUCGCGCGCCACCGCGUCAUCCACAUGUGCUGUGCGCCCGUCGUCUUCAGCAUCCUCCUCGAGGGCGACGCCGCCACCAGGCAGCACGAGACCCCCGUCCACGUCCUCACCGGCGGCGCGCCGCCGCCGGCCGCGCUGCUGGAGCGCGUCGAGCGGAUCGGCUUCAAGGUCACGCACGCCUACGGCCUCACGGAGGCUACGGGGCCCGCCCUCGCGUGCGAGUGGCGGGACCAGUGGGACUGCCUCCCGCUCCUGGAGCGCGCGCGCCUCAAGGCGCGCCAGGGGGUCAGCGUCCUGUCCCUCGCCGACGCCGACGUCAAGAACGCCGACACCAUGGUCAGUGUGCCGCGCGACGGCAAGACCGUUGGGGAGAUCGUCCUCCGAGGCAGCAGUGUCAUGAAGGGCUACCUCAACAACCCGGAGGCGAACGAGAACGCCUUCAGGGGCGGCUGGCUCCUCACCGGCGACGUCGGCGUCGUGCACCAGGACGGCUACAUCGAGAUCAAGGACCGGUCCAAGGACGUGAUCAUCAGCGGCGGGGAGAACAUCUGCAGCAAGGAGGUGGAGGAGGUGCUGUUCCGCCACCCGGCCGUGGCCGACGCGGCGGUGGUGGCGAUGCCGCACCCCCGCUGGGGCGAGACGCCGUGCGCUUUUGUCGUGCCCAGGAACAACGCUGCCGAGCUCAGCGAGGACGACGUGCUCGCGUUCUGCAAGAAGCGCAUGGCGCGCUUCAUGGUUCCCAAGAAGGUGGAGGUCGUCGGAGCGCUACCUAGGAACGCGCUCGGAAAGGUUGAGAAGGUCAAGCUCCGGGAGGAGGCACGUAAGCUGGCGCCCACCGUACCGGCGCAGAAGCCGAAGGGGAAGACGACGACCUCCUCGACGACGGUCGGCGGUCGCCGCGAGGAGCAGCCGGUGGCGCACGUCAUGGCGGUGUCAAGGCUAUAG